CUGCGGCAGGACACCAGCGGGCUGCUGUAGGCAGCUGCACCCACAGCCCCGCAUCGGCUCACGAGCCGGGCGGCCAUGGUGCAGACCUGCGCCGUCGCACUCAGGCCUCCGGCAGGCCCAACUAGGUAGUGCUUCCGGAGCAGAGCACUCCAAUCCCGUCCCGCUUCAGCGGCGCCCUCAGAACCGGAAAUAAAAUGCGCGAAGAGAAUAGGCCAAUCGGAAAACGAACUUUGCCUCCUCGGGCGGGAUGGAUCGGAGGUUGCCCUGGAAGCCAAUCAGACGCCAAAGCUAGAAAGGGGUGGACCCUGGCUCCGCACAGCUAGCGCUGUCGCCGCUGCUGCACCUAUCGCUGUCACAGCCGCUGCUGCCUCUGUCCAGCCGAAAUGAUCGUGGAGAGGCCUGAGGGAGCCCCCGGAGGCGCGGAGGGGAGCCGUCAGAUAUUUUCCCCCGAAUCCUCCCCAGACACAGAGGCAGGAGAGGAGCUGUCUGGGGACGGGCUGGUUUUGCCCAGGGCCAGCAAACUUGACGAGUUCCUCAGCCCAGAGGAGGAGAUAGAUUCUACUUCUGACUCCACUGGGAGCUUUUACCAGACCUUGCAGGUACUGAAGCAGAAAGGCAGAGCGUGUCUGUUGGAGUCUGUCUUUCAGUCUGACCCGGAGAGUGAUGAAAGCCUCUCUGAAGAUGAGGAGGGCCUGGAGAGCUUCUUCCGAGACAAGGGCAGGGGCAAGGUACAGGUCCAGCGCCCCCAGGCUCUGAGGUGUGGCUCCACAAGGCGCUGCAGCUCCCUGAGCAACCUUCCCUCCAACAUUCCCAGGGCUCCGACCCAGCCACCCUCAGGCUCCCGGCCUUCCUCCCAGCACAGAAGUGUCAGCUCCUGGGCAUCAUCCAUUACUAUCCCUCGGCCAUUCCGCAUGACACUGCGCGAGGCCCAGAAGAAGGCCGAGUGGCUGGGCUCACCUGCCUCCUUUGAGCAGGAGAGGCAGCGGGCCCGGAGGCAGGGUGAGGAAGAGGCUGAGUGCCACAGGCAGUUCCGGGCACAGCCUGUGCCUGCACAUGUCUACCUGCCCCUCUACCAAGAGAUCAUGGAGCGCAGCGAGGCCCGAAGGCGGGCAGGGAUUCAGAAGAGGAAGGAACUGCUCCUCUCUUCUUUGAAGCCCUUCAGCUUCCUGGAGAAGGAGGAGCAACUAAAGGAAGCUGCUCGACAGAGAGACUUGGCUGCCACAGCUGAAGCCAAGAUCUCCAAGCAGAAGGCCACCAGAAGGAUCCCCAAGUCCAUUCUGGAGCCAGCCCUUGGGGAUAAACUCCAGGAAGCUGAGCUCUUCAGGAAAAUUCGCAUCCAGAUGAGAGCCCUGGACAUGCUCCAGAUGGCCUCUUCCCCUAUCGCCUCCUCUGGUAACCGGGCUAACCCCCAGCCCCGCACAGCCACCCGAACCCAGCAGGAAAAGCUUGGGUUUCUGCACACUAACUUUGGAUUCCAGCCUCGGGUGAAUCCCAUAGUCCCUGACUAUGAGGGCCUUUACAAGGCCUUCCAGAGAAAAGCAGCCAAAAGAAGAGAAACCCAAGAGGCCACUCGCAACAAGCCCUUCUUGCUGAGGACCUCCAACCUGCACCACCCUCAGCGGCCUUGCGAUGCUGCCACCACCGGAGGGAGGCCGGAUUCCCCACAGCCACCAGCUCCACCCCUGCCAAGGAGUCGUUCUCUGAGUGGCCUUGCUUCCCUCUCUGCCAACACUCUCCCUGUGCACAUCACAGAUGCCACCAGGAAGAGGGAAUCUGCAGUCAGAAGUGCACUUGAAAAAAAGAACAAAGCAGAUGAGAGUAUUCAGUGGCUGGAGAUCCACAAAAAGAAGUCUCAAGCAAUGUCCAAAUCUGUGACCUUGCGUGCAAAAGCCAUGGAUCCCCAUAAAAGCCUGGAGGAAGUGUUCAAAGCAAAGCUGAAAGAAAACCGGAACAAUGACCGUAAAAGAGCGAAAGAAUAUAAGAAAGAACUGGAAGAAAUGAAGAAGCGAAUACAAACAAGGCCGUAUCUCUUUGAACAAGUUGCCAAGGAUCUAGCCAAGAAAGAAGCAGAACAAUGGUAUCUAGACACCCUGAAGCAGGCUGGGCUGGAGGAAGACUUUGUGAGAAACAAGGGUCAAGGCACUGGGGCUGUUCAAGAGGAGACCAAAGUCAAGGAUUUUCCCAGGUUCCAAAAAACUGCAAAAUUCACCAUCAGAGAUCCAGAGCAGGGUUUAGAAGGAUCUCUAGAACAGCCUGCAAGCCCCAGGAAAGUACUGGAGGAGCUGUCUCAUCAAUCACCAGAAAAUCUCCUAUCACUUGCUUAAUCACUACACUUAAAAUCUCUGCUUUUGAAAAAUAUUAAGCAGCUAACUUGGGUUUGAGUCAAGGCAGGAAAAACUUGGGUUUCGAGUCAUGGCUACUGCUAGAAGAUGGGGAAAUGAAGAGUAGCAGAUUAAUAGGCUGGGCGCAGUGGCUCACGCCUGUAAUCCCAGCACGUUGGGAGGCUGAGGCUGGCGGAUCAUCUGAGGUCAGGAGACCAGCCCAGCCAACAUGGCAAAACUCUGUCUCUACUAAAAAUACAGCUGGGCGUGAUGACACGUGCUUGUAAUCCUAGCUACUUGGGAGGCUGAGGCAAGAGAAUCACUUGAACCCAAGAGGCAGAGGUUGUAAUGAGCUGAGAUCAUGCCACUGCACUCCAGCCUGGGCAGCAGAGCAAGACUGUCUCAAAAAAAAAAAGAAAGUAGCAGAUAACAGGGAAUGGUUGAAGGAAAUCAAAGUGGGGAGGCCCAGGUGAAGGGAUCGUAGCCUAGAGUUAAGGGUUCCUGCUUUGUGCCUCACACUUAGAGAAUAGGUACAGAAAAGAGCACAGGCCCAAAUGCCUAUAGGGGCUAGUGCAGAAACAAAUGCAUCAGUGGAGUGGGUGUAGACAGUAGGAGACGGUAGAGACUGCAAGUAUCAAAUCCUGCUGGAAUAUAGGCUCAGAGUUAGUACAUCAACUAUAUGUUCAUCAAGCCAGAAAUUUGUAUGCUGCCAACUAAUUUAAAAAUUACUUAGAAAUAUUGUAUGGGCAAAAUAGAAUACAUCUGUGUGUCAGAUUUAGCCCAUGGGGGAUGAAAAACUUACAACUUCUAGUACAGGAUUUCUUAUCCUCAGUGCUAUUAAUAUUUUGGGCCACCUAAUUCUUUGUUGAGGGUUGGGGAAGGGAACUGUCCUGUACAUUGUAGAACCUUUAGGCCGGGCGCGGUGGCUCAAGCCUGUAAUCCCAGCACUUUGGGAGGCCGAGACGGGCGGAUCACGAGGUCAGGAGGUCGAGACCAUCCUGGCUAACACGGCGAAACCCCGUCUCUACUAAAAAAUACAAAAAACUAGCCGGGCGUGGUGGCGGGCGCCUGUAGUCCCAGCUACUAGGGAGGCUGAGGCAGGAGAAUGGCGGGAACCCGGGAGGCGGAGCUUGCAGGGAGCUGAGAUCCGGCCACUGCACUCCAGCCUGGGUGACAGAGCGAGACUCCGUCUCAAAAAAAAAAAAAAAAAAAAGAACCUUUAGCAGCAUCCCUGGCCACUACCUGCUAGAUGCCAGUAGUACCCCUCUCCCCAGUUGUGACAAAAUGUCUCUAGAUAUUGCCAGAUGUCUGCAGGGGGCAAAAAUGUCCCUGGCUGAGAACCACUGCUCUAAUAUAAAAGGCUGCAUGAAACAGAAACUGGCAUUCUAAGAAUACAAGUAAUUGCCAUGAAUACAGUCUACAUACUAUGUGAUUACGCAUGUUAUUAACAAAUUAAGAAUAAUUUAAAACAAUUCUCUCCUGUUACCUGUUUAGAAUGUGCCUGUGUGUUUAUGUAAGCAUGAGGUUCAUUUUAAAUAAACUUAAAAUUUCCCAGACAACCAA